CAUAAUCUUGCUCUUUUGGUGUAAUUUUCCCAGGUGCUCUGUGUGGAGGCUGUUCCUAGCUUCCGACGAGCCUUCCUCUCUCGCUAGCUAGGAUGUUUCCUCGUCGAUUCCGUCGCAUCGCCGUCAUCACCUCCGUCCUUUGUCUCUUCCUCCUUUACCACUUCUCCGGUCUCCGAUCGAGCUUCCACCCUACCACCACCCAUGGCCGCCGUCGGGUCGAAUGCCCACCCCUCCCGGGCAUGGAAGACGUGCUGGUCGUGUUGAAAACAGGUGUCACCGAGGCAUUGGACAAGGUCCCGGUGCACUUCCAGACCACCCUGCGCUGCGUCCCGAAUUAUGUGAUCUUUUCCGACUUCGAGGAGGAAAUCAAUGGUAUUAAGGUGCACGAUGCCUUCAAGAAUAUGGAUCCCGACGUGAAAAGGACCGUCCCCGACUUCAGCAUCUAUAACCGCCUCGUCCAGAUGGGUCGAGCGGGCCUGGAAACCGGUGAUUUCGCCGACGAGGCCAACUCUGCCAUUGGCAAGCCAAACAACCCUGGUUGGAAACUAGAUAAAUGGAAGUUUUUGCCGAUGGUCCAGGAAACGCUCCGCCACAAGAGCGACGCAAAAUGGUACGUCUUCAUGGAAGCGGACACGUAUUACUCAUGGGGAACGUUGCUCGAAUGGCUCUCGCACUUUGAUGCGUCCAAGCCGUGGUACAUCGGCACCGAGACCCAGAUCGCCGAUGUCAUUUUCGCUCACGGCGGCUCGGGCUUUGCCAUCUCGAAUCCAGCCAUGCAGCGAGUCGCGAAGGAGUAUACGGAGCGCAAUGUCGAGCUGAACGAGUACACGGAUGCUCACUGGGCCGGAGACUGCGUCUUGGGCAAAGUGUUGGCUGACGUCGGCGUGCCAUUGCACUUUUCCUGGCCGAUCCUGCAGAACACCAACAUUGGUGAACUAGAUGAGUUCACGACCGCCUUCUACCGUCGACCGUGGUGUUUCCCCGCCGUCGCGUUCCACCAUCUGAGCGCACGCGACGUGCAAGAUCUGUCCAACUUCGAACAACGCCGAUGGCGCGAGAAACAAUCCACUCUUCUCCUCCACGGCGACGUCUUCAAAGAACUCAUCUACCCAAAUCUCUCUUCAUACCGCGACCACUGGGAUAACCUCUCCGACGAAGAACACUCGGAAUUCACCACCUUCGACGAAUGUCAAUCCCUCUGUAAGGACAUGUCCGACUGUGCACAGUUCUCCUUCCGCUCCGGAUCCUGUUUCACCGGCAAGACACCCAAACUGGGCACGGCCAACUCGGGAGCCCGGUCCGGAUGGGCUAUGAAGAAGAUCGAGGAAAUGAUGCACGAGGCGCCGGUUUGUUCGAGUGUGGAGUGGGGUGCGGCUUGAUAUUUCUUUUUUUUUUUCUUUUGCUUGUUUCUGUUUCUUUCUUGCGCGCAUUGGCGACGAUGCAUUGGCAGUUCGCAGGUCGAACGUGAUGGGCUGGAGUUAUACUCUGUUAGAGCUCGAUGUCGAUUGUCAGAAUGAGACUCAGCUGGUUUAUGCUGAUCUCCGGGUUGGAUGCAUACUAUAGACUACAAUUCUCGUGUGCUCUUUUUCUGAUCUGUUUUUAUGGGCGGUGUUGGGUCUGGUCUUGCAUGGUAGGAGUUGUCAAUGGUUUCAUUCAAUACAGCAAUUCUAGCGAAUCUCAACUACCACAAUAAGAGCAACCAGUUUAACGAUGAGCCAUAACCCA